AGUUAUCAGGGAGGCAACCGAAGGGCCAGUCAUCUCUUCACAUCUUUUCUGCAUCUACCACAGUCCCAUCUAUCCGUCCUGUAUGGUGGAUAUUAUUUUCAGCUCUUCUUUCUUGGGUGAUAUGGGGGAUCAUUCCAAAAAGAAGCCAGGAUUCGCGAUGUGUGUAGGAUGUGGAAGUCAGAUCCAUGACCAGUACAUACUGAGAGUCUCUCCCGACCUGGAGUGGCAUGCAGCCUGCCUGAAGUGUGCAGAGUGCAGCCAGUACCUGGAUGAGACCUGCACUUGUUUCGUCCGGGACGGCAAAACCUAUUGCAAAAGAGAUUAUGUAAGGCUGUUUGGAAUUAAAUGCGCAAAAUGCAACCUGGGAUUCAGCAGCAGCGAUUUGGUGAUGAGAGCCCGGGAUAACGUGUACCACAUCGAGUGCUUUCGGUGCUCGGUGUGCAGCAGGCAGCUCCUGCCGGGAGACGAGUUCUCUCUGCGGGAAGACGAGCUGCUGUGCCGGGCGGACCACAGCCUGCUGCUGGAGAGAAGCUCCGCAGGAAGCCCCAUCAGCCCCGGACACAUCCACUCCAACAGACCGCUGCACCUGGCAGCAGACCCGGUGACAGUGCGGCAGGCCCCGCAUCGGAACCAUGUCCAUAAGCAGUCGGAGAAGACAACGCGGGUCAGGACGGUGCUGAACGAGAAGCAGCUCCACACGUUGCGGACUUGCUACAACGCCAACCCGAGGCCCGACGCGCUGAUGAAAGAGCAGCUGGUAGAGAUGACCGGCCUGAGCCCCAGGGUGAUCCGGGUCUGGUUCCAGAACAAGCGCUGCAAAGACAAAAAGAAAUCUAUCCUCAUAAAGCAGCUCCAGCAGCAGCAACACAGUGAUAAGACUGUAAGCAUCUUCAACCUGCAGGGCCUCACAGGGACGCCUCUUGUAGCUGGGAGUCCUAUCCGACAUGAGAGCACGGUGCAGGGAAACCCAGUGGAGGUUCAGACCUACCAGCCUCCAUGGAAGGCCCUGAGUGAAUUUGCCCUGCAGAGUGACCUGGACCAGCCAGCCUUCCAACAACUGGUGUCUUUCUCUGAAUCGGGCUCUCUCGGGAACUCCUCGGGCAGCGACGUGACUUCUUUGUCCUCUCAGUUACCGGACACCCCCAACAGUAUGGUACCCAGCCCGGUGGAGACGUGAAACGGGGCCCUCAGACCUGUCGGUCCCCUCUUCCCCUGCAAGUACAAUUGCAGCAUGAUCCCGGUCCCCUGCAUGUGACCAGCUCAUCACAUCGCCCAAAAAUACAGAGAGGAGAGUGUUUUUAUUCCCUGACAUGGAGGAGAUUGAUCGAAGAAAGAACCGAUAGAUUGACUCCGAGUUUCUGGAGAUUUCAGUGACAAGCAGGACAGAUGUUGUUGCAUGAUGACUCGAUAUGGAGAGAUGUACAGAUGAACCCCCGAUGGAUAUACUACAACAAACCUUCCCUCAGAAACGAAUUGGAAACAUUUCCACGUCGAGACAGAUGGACAUUCUUCGAUUUCAUUGUGAUCAUAUUGUGUCUUGUUUCUUCAACAUGAGAAUUUUUUUUUGAUACAUUUAGGCUGUUGCGUUGUGGAGUCCGGUUGACUCUUGUCUUUGUCUUAAGGUCAGAGCAUGAUAAUCUGAAAUUAAUUCGUGUUGUAAAAUACUUUAUCUUAAGGGCAGGAUACAGGUUGUUUGAGCU